UGGUGGCCACUGCAUUUAAAGAGUGCAGGAAUCCCUCGCGUUCAAACCCUUCAAGGCUUAAGAAAAUACAGAGAAACAUCAAGCGACUCCGGUUACCCUUCAGCCCCAAGGAUGCCCAACUGGGGAGGUGGAGCCAAGUGCGGUGCCUGUGAGAAGACAGUGUACCACGCUGAGGAAAUUCAGUGCAAUGGGAGGAGUUUUCACAAGACGUGCUUCCUCUGCAUGGCUUGCAGAAAAGCUCUGGACAGUACCACGGUAGCCGCUCAUGAAUCUGAAAUCUACUGCAAAACCUGUUACGGGAGAAAAUAUGGUCCCAAAGGUAUUGGCUUCGGACAAGGGGCAGGAUGCCUCAGCACCGACACCGGUGAUCAUCUGGGCUUGAAUCUGCACCAGGGGUCACCGAAGUCUGCUCGUCCUUCUACACCAACUAAUCCUUCAAAGUUUGCCAAAAUGAUGGUAGAUGUGGAUAAAUGUCCUCGUUGUGGCAAAUCAGUGUACGCUGCAGAGAAGAUCAUGGGAGGAGGAAAACCGUGGCAUAAGACUUGCUUCCGCUGUGCGAUUUGUGGAAAGAGUUUAGAAUCUACGAAUGUUACAGACAAAGAUGGAGAACUCUACUGUAAAGUUUGCUAUGCAAAAAAUUUCGGUCCCAAAGGAAUUGGCUUUGGUGGCCUCACUCAAGUGGAAAAGAAAGAGUGCGAAUGAGAAGAAAUGGAUGCAACUGACUCAAACUGCUGUUGAUGCCACCAAGCGAUAGCUGCCAAGUAAAACAUUAAACAUCACGCAUUGCUAAGAAUCUAGGGCAUUUGUUUAAUAUUUUCCACAUUGCAGGAAAAACUUGUGAGCUUAUAUCUUAAGAAAUCCUUUGAAUAGCUUAAAAAGGUACAGUGAUAAACUAAGAUUCAUGUUUGUUUUACACUCAAGAAAGAUUAAAAGUGUCAUGGAACAUUAUUGCUUCUUGAACUAGUACUUACCACACUGUAGAAUGGAAUUUUAAAAACGCAGCAUACUGUCCCAUUAAGAUAGAGAUCCCCCAUGGAGCGUGAGGGGUCAGUGUUCCAAUUUAAGCUGUAUUUUCCUUUGUUCAGAAUGUUUUGCCGUCUGUAUUUCUACCAAUCUCCUAGUGGCGUUUUGAACACGUUAACAUUUUUUUUUUAGUGCAAAGUAGGUAUUAUUUGCUUUGAGACUAUUAAAAUGGAUUUCAAAUUCUUUCUCUCAAAGGGAGAUAUUUCUACAGAAAACCAGCAUUUUAUUAGAAUACAGUGUAGCGAGUUUUGUUAUUGUAUGUUUUCAAGCUACAAUAAAGUAUUGAUAC